AGGUCUUACCGUCUGCACAUACGACAGCAGCCUACACAUGGUCGCAUGUUUGGCUUUCGCUCGCGAGAGCGCAGACCACUCGACCCCCUGCCGAUCGUCGAGCUAACCAUUCGAGAUCGUAAUGGAGAGAUCGACUGGUUCCUCAUCACCGAUGUAGCUCACAAGGACGAAUUGGUGUCUUCCAGCGCCAAUCCGAGUGCCACUAUGCCUCAAAGUCGCCUUUUGGAAGGAAAGCUUGCCUCCAGCGGACAUAUCGUCAAGGAUCUCGAUGGCGAAAGAGCGUGCUUCUUCCUCUUUCCGGAUCUCAGCGUCCGCGUCGAAUCCAUGGCUUCACUGCACUUCUCGUUGCUCCGACUUGGCGGACCUGCAGGUCGUGUAGUCGCAGAAGUGACCUCGGAUCCCUUCCAGAUUCAUAGUCCCAGAACAUAUCCGGGCAUUGGCGAGUCCACCGAGCUGGCAAAGUGUCUGGCAGCCCAAGGUGUGGCUGUUCCCAUCAGGAAUCAGGGCCGGAAAUGA